AAGGAAAUAGUAUACGAAUUAUCAUUCGAAGUCUAUUUCUUUGCCAUAUACCCUCUUUGUGCCUCCCUUGAAGCAAGCUACACUCAUCAUUUCUAUAUUAGCAACAUCGACAGCUCGGAUGUUGAAGCUUUCAACCCUCGCUCAUACCCUGCAAUUCUAUUAAUGAUGCUUUACAUUCAAAUCGUCAAUGAGAUGAAUCUCAGCAUGUGGCAAGUCUUUCUUGAAGGCUUGCGCACCAGCCGGGAUGAAGCUAGAGAACAAAAAAAUAUUAGCAGUGUUCAACUAUAG